GUGGCAUUGAAAGCAAUUGGUGGGCCUCCGUUUCAGUACUUGGUGUGUUAUUCGGUGAGACGUGUAUUUAUUUACGGUUGAUAAAUUGGAGUUUGCAGGCAGACGAGUACCUCCCAGCAUGCCACGGGUACGGGAAGAUGAACUCCGACCUCUGCUCCUGCCGUCUGCUGAGAGAUCGUCUGCCGGGACAAAAUGGCGGCCGAGUGUCCUCCUGGCGUUGGUGGUGAGCACCUACUUCAUGAACUACGUCGUCACCAUCGUCAUACUCAACCCCUACAUCUACGACAAGGUGGCGCAGCAGUACCCCCAGUUCAACUCCAGCAGCCAGGAGCCGUGUGAGCAGAACAUGAGCGACGACAGGAACAACUCCACGGGGAAGAAGAUCCAGGAGGAGAUCCUGCGAGAGGUGUCGACCAUCGAGCUGUACCUGUACCUGACCAGCUUCCUCUUGGCCUCCCUGCCCAUCCUGGUGCUGGGGCCUCUGACCGACAGGUAUGGCAGGAAGGUCGGGCUGGUGUUUCCGAUUGUCGGCACGCUGCUGAAAGAGAUUGUCUACCUUGUCGUCAUCUCCCAAAAGUUACCGCCCCUGUGGCUGCUGGUCGGUCACGUGAUGGAGGCCUGCGGCGGAAGUUUUGCCGCCAUGUUGUCCUCCAUGUUCAGUAUCGUGUCCGACAUCUCCCCGCCAGGUCGGCGGAGGUCGUUGCACAUCACCUGCAUGGAGGCCCUGCAGACGAUUGCAACUUCGGCAGCUCAAAUCGCCAUUGGUCACUGGAUCAAGGUCAGCUAUUUUUACCCCGUGGUGUGCUCGGUGGCCGUCAACUUCCUGUGUCUUCUGCUGGUGCUCGUGUUUCUGCCGGAAACAGCCGAGACUACCCGAUUGGUUGCUCCGACAGACACACGCUUAGAGCCGGGGUGUUGCCGUCGUAUCUGUGUGGGAUUCUGUAGUGGCGCCAAGUCUUCCCUCCAAAUGAUCAAACAAAGCCUCAUGCUGUACGUCAAAGACGUGCGAGGAAAACGUCUGGUGCUGAAGCGACGUCUGGUCUUUGUGACCUUCAUCUUGACAGUGGCCGUGAACUUUUCCAAGCCAGGGGUUCAGAACCUGUACCUGAUGAAAUACCCCCUGUGCUGGGGGGCCACCAAGCUGCUCACCUACAACGGGGCCACCCUCCUGUGCAACUGGGUGGCCAUCCUGGCCUUGUUGGCCAUCCUGCAGCGGCUGUUCAAUAUGGCGGACAGGCAGGCGGCUGUUCUUGGCGUCAUCUCCAGCAUGACAGCCUGCGUGUUCAUGUCAGUAGCGGUCAAUGACACCAUGGUGUAUGAAGUCGCCGUCCUGAGUGUCAUGACAAGGGCGAUAAUCCCCAUGCUGCGGUCCGUGAUGACAACUCUGGUGGAUGAGCGGGCACAAGGCACGGUGUAUGCCGGGAUGGGUUGCAUCGAAACCAUCGGCGCCUCCGUGUUCGGAACCGCCGCCAACCGGAUCUUCUACGCCAGCCUGGCGACCUGGCCCGGCCUCGUCUUCGUGCUGUUCGCCAUCGUCAUGCUGGUGGCAUUGACCCUGCUCAUAAUUCUAAACGUCCUCUACUCACGAGAGGAAGUCAGACGACCUCAGCACCAGACGUACGAGCCGAUCAACGGCAGCAAUAGCAUAAAUCGGGAAGCGGAAGUCGACCCUUCGUGGUGACGUCAUUCGCUUGAAUAAAAACAUUGGACUGGCCAGAUUUUCUUCUCAAGACAGCCAAAAUAUUAACCUGUGGCGUUCGUUACACUGCCAUUUUUUAAGCCAUAUACGCCGCUUGUAUAAUCCAUAUAAGAAAUCACAUUUUAGUGACAUUAUCUUUGUCUUUCGUAUUUUAAAUAUAUUGGACAGGAUUCCUUACAACACAAUUAAGUAUUACGUGUCAGCUUGUUAUGCGCCAUAUAGGCAGUGGAAUCCAAUAUAAGCCUGCUUUUCUUUUUGGAUUUGCUCCCAUAGCUUUUGUCAAAUGAACAACAAACUACAAGGCAACAGUUGUUUGAACUCGGAUUUGUCCCACCUAGUCCAUGGCUAUUGUAGGUUUGAACUCGGAUUUGUCCCACCUAGUCCAUGGCUAUUGUAUGUUUGAACUCGGAUUUGUCUCACCUAGUCCAUGGCUAUUGUAGGUUUGAACUCGGAUUUGUCCCACCUAGUCCAUCGCUAUUGUAGGUUUGAACUCGGAUUUGUCCCACCUAGUCCAUCGCUAUUGUAGGUUUGAACUCGGAUUUGUCUCACCUAGUCCAUGGCUAUUGUAGGUUUGAUCUCGGGACAUAUUGGUUGGGCAGCAAUAGCUUUACCGACCCGACCACACCGACCCUUUACUGACAUUAAAAAUUAUAUAUUUCACUGGGUCUGAAACUUAUUAAUGUCAGCAUUUUCCCAUUUGACCCAAAAGGAUUUUUGUAAAUAUAUGAAAUAAACCGGGAGUGAUCUCCCCUAAACUUUCUCGAAUAUUUUUAUAUAAAAUAACAGGGGAUGGGAACUCGGGCUAUAGACAUGAUUUUUAAUCCAUUUUAAAUACUUAAAGUUUUAAAAAUAGAAUAAAAUCUCGUAGACAAAUUAAUUGCACACCAAGUGAACGCGAAAUAAAAAAGCGCAUAAUAGUGCGCAAUAUUAUUAGUACUUUUAAAAUUUACAUUAGAUUUUUGAGAAAUCGGAAGUAGCGUAAAUUACUACUUCCGGUCAACGGAAAUUACUCAAAAUUUAACAGAAGGUAGAGAAUUAGAUCUUUUACUUACAUGUGAAAUUUCAUUUAUCUAUCUGAAAUAGUACUCAAGUUAUAGGCUUUUGAAAAAUUCAAAGUAGAAAAAGUACCACUUCCGGUUAUCGGAAAUCGCUCAAAAGUUGAUACGGAUCUACGAUUUUGAUAAAAUACUUAUAUAUGAAAUUUCAUCAACCUAGCAGUAACGGUACUCAAGUUAUCGUGUUUACACACGGACACACAGACAGACACACACACACACACAGACAUACGGACAAGAUUGCAAAAUUAUGUUUUUCCGUAUCAGUGAGGUGUAAAACGUCGAGAUUUGUAAAAAUCUCGAUUUUUUUUUUUGCACGAUUACAAUACUUUCUCUAUACUUCGUAUAUACGAGAAAGUAAAAAAUGUGAUGUAUUAUUUGAUAUUACUCAAAAGUCUGUAAGCAUAGUUUCUUGAACAGAAUAUGUAUUGUAAAUACGCGGUUUCCA